UUUAGAAGUGAUGAUUUCAAAGCUUCCCCUCUUCAUCUUCUUGCUCGUCGCUGUUCCGAAUGUCAUGACAGUAGGGAUGCCAGGAGGACUCUACCCACAAGAUCCAAAUAAUCCCAAAUUUAUGAAAUUGGCAUGGAAAGCAGCCAAGUAUGUGGACGAAGAAUCUAGCAGCUCUUACAUGAUGGUUCCCAUUAAGGUGACUGAAGCAUGGAGUCAAGUUGUAGGAGGAAUCAAUUAUUAUUUGGUUGUAUUGUACGGUGAAUCCACUUGCGAAAAAGAUGAACUUGCUGCGUCAGGAGAACCUCCAGCUAAUUGCCAGUAUAGAGCUAAUGGGGACCGAGCUCUUUACAAUGUCAAAGUGCACACUAGACCUUGGCAGCAUUAUGAGCAUUUCGCUGUUAAAAAAAUUCGAGAUGUUGGUGCUGAAGAAGAAAUUUGAGGAACUUUUCUAAAACAAGAGCGUUUGUGACCGGAGGGCAAUUUGGCCUGAUCAAUCGUUUUUAAAAAACAUCAAUAAAGAACAUUCUCU